CCUUCUCGUGACAGUCGCGCGCCAAUUCAAGAGAAGAAGAAUCGCGAGUGCAAGCAGGGGUUGCCGAUGUCCGAACGCUCAAGAAAAACGAGUCAUGUCGACCUCUGCGUCGCUUUACGGAAGCAGUGCUUGGGUGUCGCCUGCUGGUACGCAAUCAAGGUACCCAGAAAGCAACGUUCCGCCGGAACGGCGGCAGCAACAGCCGGUGGAGGUGAUCGUCCCCAGCUACUCUAUGGUGACGGUUGCCGUGGUCUGGGUCACUGGAGCGCUCGUCGGCGGCGUCGUGGGAGCGCUCGGGUACUUGGCCUUCGGGUACGUGACUGGGUCCGAGCCCGUGGUGCCCGCGACAACUGCAGCGACCACCACGACUACCACCACGACUACCACCACGACAGCGCCUCUACCGCCUACGCCUCUACCGCCUACGCCUCCUCCUCCUACGCCUCCUCCUCCUACGCCUCCACCUCCUACGCCUUCACCUCCUACGCCUCCGCCUCCUACGCCUCCGCCUUCCACGUCUCCGCCUCGUACGCCUCCACCCCCUACACCACCACCUCCUACGCCUCCACCUCCUACGCCUCCGCCUCCUACGCCUCCGCCUCCUACGCCUCCGCCUCGUACGCCUCCACCUCCUACGCCUCCGCCUCGUACGCCUCCACCCCCUACACCACCACCUCCCACACCACCACCUCCUACGCCUCCACCACCACCGCCACCACCACCGCCGCCGCCGCCUUCGCCGCCAUCAACGCGGACCCCGCCGCCCUUCGUGGUUCGACCCAUUUGUUACUCGCCCAGCUGCAUGAAUCUCGCGAAAGCCUACAGAAAGUCCGUGAAUCCCCUGGUCGACCCGUGUCAGAACUUCGGAGGGCACGUCUGCGGGCUGUUCCGAGGGCCCUACAGGAGCUUCUCCGAAAAGGAAUCGGCCCGAGCCGCCGGCGCAUUGGCCGGUCUUGUAAGGAGCGUCUACCGAAUCUACGGGGGCGCCCGGGCAAAGGCGAUGCUUCUGCUGGAGUCCUGCAGGGCCGUGUACACCCAGACGUGGUCCAGCAAGCAGGACCUGCGAGACUUCAUGACGCGGCUCAAGCUUUCCGUGGCGAACCGGCCGCCCCAGGGUGCGCCCGCGUCCGCCGACGCCGUGCUGGCGCUUCACGUCGAGCUGUCCUACGCGUACGGGCUGAGCGCGCUCCUCAAGAUGAGGCCCCGCGACUCGAGCUCGCUGGCCGUGCGGUUUCACGGCGCGCUCAUGCAGGCGGCCCUCACCUCGGACGACCACCCGGAUUUCAUCAUUAGUCUGGCAAGAGUCCUCGGUAUCACGGGAGACCCGUCGGUGGUGAUGACCAGGACUGAGCUGUACACCAAGAUGAGGAUUGCUGUUGUGAACGCCCACCAGGGACAGGCGCGUCUGGCGACAUCUCGCGGCGUAAAGAAGGCAGAGGAACUGGCUUUCAGCGGCGUGAGCCGCGGCGCGUUCGGCGACGCUGUCGAGGCCAAGACUCCGUACAAGCGCACCGCCAGCAUGUUCGUGACGCCCAUGCUGCAGGCCGUGCUGGAGUCUGUGUGGAGGGACAUGGCGAGCGGCGGCCAGCUGUUCACGUGGACCAGCUGGCACGUGGCCGACGGGCUCCUCCACUUCGUCGAACCGGCCUACACUGUCGAGUCGCGCACUACUCAUCCCAGGCUGACGGGUGAGGUGGAGUUCGUGGCGGAGUGCGUGCGCAUGGUCUCGCAGGUGAUGGCGGUACCUCUGAUAUCUGUUGCUACCGUUUCUCAGCCAAAGGAUACGAUCAAGACUGCGAUAACCGCCAUUGCACACGCCGUAGCCGGAUGCCUGAGCGCAAAAAAGCAGUGGCUCUCCACGUUCGCCGCCGCCCCGUCGGUGUUCGUGGGUUCGCCGGAGUUCAUCAAGUACUACAACGCGAUCGACAUGUUCUUCUCUGCGUUCCCGAGCGUGAACAUCUCCGGUCGGCACUUCUUCAUGCAGUGGGUGGCGGCAGCUCAGGCGUGGCGCAACCACGCGCUUCCGAGCGAGCUCUACUUCGACCCGCUGGAGGCGGCCGUCGAAGUGACCGUUGACGGCACGGUCAUCGUGCCGGCGGUUUUGGCCCUGGCGCCUUACUUUCAAGAGGACGGGCUGGUCGCUGCCAAUGUCGGGACGAUGGGUCAUCUCAUCGCCAGGGCUCUCGUUGAGAGGUACCUGCUGCCUAACGCCACCGUUCCCACUGAGUGUCAGGCCCCGUCGGGCACCCGUUCGGACGACUCGAUCGAGAACCUCCUGGCUUACGAGUGCUCCAUGAAAGCGUUGGCCGCAAUGAGCGGGAGCCAGGACCAGCAGCUGCCCCAACUGGCCGAGCUCUCGCCGGAGAGGAUGUUCUUCAUCUCCGCCUGUCUCAAGGACGAAGGCCUCUUCCAUGUGAUUUCCAGCUGCCGCUACGAGGUGGUGAUUCACAUAAAGAUGGCGGCCACUGGGUGUUUCAGCUAA